AGUGAAAGUAACCGCAGCUCAGACAUAAAUACGAAAGGUUGGAGAGGCUGUAAUAAGUAAAUCUAGCUUUCCUCUUUUACGUGUUUCACAGGAUGAAUUUAAUUCCCGCUAGAAUUGCGCUUUAUGGCCAGCAACUUAAAAAAUACACACCUAAUGUUUUGUGCAAAGAGACGUUUACGACCAAGGUUUAUGUCGAAAAUCGCGGUAACAUCAAGAACGUUUGUGCUGAAAUCAUUGAACGUCUGUCUAAAUUGCCGAACAGUAUCAGUGUGAGUAAUGAGGAGGAGGAGUGCGAUGUGAAAGUGGUCUUCUGUCCGAUCGUCUCUCGCGCAGGAACCGACAUCGAAGCGGUUCUGUCUCGCCUCACAGAUGGUAAGAAAACCAUAAUGGUAGUACUUCACCACACCUUCAGCACUGACUACAUUCCACCAAGCAGCAGUCGGUAUGAAAGGAAAGAUUUGAAGAUGGUGGACAUGUUGUUCCAUGAGGACUCCGGACUGCUGAACUGUUCAAAGAAUAAUGAAGCAAUCAGCACGGCAGGAAAUUGGCUAAAGCCAUACAGCAAACAUCAGCGUGAGGUAUGUUACAAGCGUAUCUUGGCUGUGACUGCAGUUGCUGUAAUUGGAAGUAGGAUUUUGUACAGAAAAUGGACGGGACACUGGCUCUUGCAAUCAGAGAUCCGGUUUCUCAAUUCUGUGAUCAGGAUGAGGACCAAAACAAAUGAGUACAUUUUAAAUUACAUUUAAUUUAAUUAACAUUUAAUAAUACAGUGAACAAAACAAGGAUUUUUUUUAUUAUUAUUAUUAUCUCGAAGCAAUAGCUUAUUCCAUGUAUGAAUAUACCAAGUGUGACUAGUUUGUUUGAGUGUUUUCAUAAAGUUGAACAAAAAAAACAACCAUUAUAUUUGUUUGUAUUUGUGCUUGGAGUUUGUGUUUACAGACAGUAUUGACAGGAUAGUUUGGAUACAGGAUAGGAUAGAUACAGCGUUUUUUCCAUACAAUUUGGAUAAUGCAUAAUACAUGAUAGAUAAUGCAUCUCACGACAAUAAUGGGUUUUCCAAUUUCCUCCUCCCCCACAAAAACAGACCAGUAGACGGACAGGUUAAGAGUAAUUGCAAAUUUAAACACUGUAAAAUUGAAUAAAUUUAACAGUCAAUUACUAGAUAGAAAAUUGACCAAGUGAGUUAAUAUUUGACUACCAGUUAGAUUUAGAGUUAGUUACUGUACGUACAAAAAAAAAAAACCUAGGUCAUAUCUAUAGGCAUUAGGGGCUUGCAUGCUCUACUACUUAUACCCUUGAUAAUCUGUGGUUCCUGUUUAUCUGCAUAUUGGUGUAUUUCCCUGUACUCCAGACCUCUGUUAUGUAUGUCCUGUAUUACUGCUUUGCUGAGUGGAUAUAAAUAAAUUGCUAAGUCAUGAGUAUGUGGUUUUUCACUUAGUAAGAAAUAGUAAAGAAAAUGUGACUUCUCUCCAAGCCACUAGGUGUCAGCAUUUUGUUUAACAAGCCUUAAAGGACUACCCAGGUCCUGUUAUGAAGGACCUUAUAGACUAAAUUAAAUAAUAAUAAUUUAAAAUAUAUAUAUAAAAUAUAAUAUUUUGUUAUACACAUGUAUAACUCAUAAAGCAUAUUAUUAAUUUCAUUAUGAAUUUCAGUGAUUAUUUAAUUAAAUCAUGAAAUUGAAACAAAUUAAUUAAACUACAGAAGGAUUAGUGACUGGUCGAGUGUUUCUUAGACUCUUAGAAUGAAUGUAUUGCAAUUUCUUCAGAAGAAAUUCUCUUUUUUGUUCUCUGAAACUGGUUAUAUCUUCAUGGGGAACAUACAGGGGAAACAGAUGCGUUUUUCUAGGGUAUAAGUGAUAGUUUAGCCAAAUGUCAAGACAUGUUUUGUGUGUGUGAAGUUUGCUUCUUUAGCUUUGCUCUCAGGAGAUCACACAGAGUUCAGAUUUCACCCUGUGAGGCUGCAGUUAUGGCUCAAUCAAACUUUAAACACCAUCAUAAUAGGAGAAGAAAAACUGCAUAGUAUUAUUUCAGUCAGACAAACUGUAGAAAUAAGUUAUAUCAGAUUAAAUAUAUCCUUUUUGUUGAUUAUCUUUCAGAUAGAAGUCACAUACAAGGAAUCUUCUGUAUGUUCCCGAGUUUCUAUGUUAAUUAAGAGUGAAAUUAUGUACAUUUUGGACAAACUACUGUUUUAAGUAUAAUGAACAGAUACAAGAAUCAUGGGUCAGUCCUCUGUUAUGUAUUGCUUUGUUUAUUUCUAUAUCCCAGCAUUGUUGUUGGCAGAAAUGCGCUAUAAACAUUGUUUAACACCUGCCAUUACUUUACAACAAAGAAUAGAAUAAAAUAUAGAAAGAAAACAAAUAAAACAGAACAAGUAUUAUUUAUUAUUUCACAUAACACCUUGAAUAAAGUAAAAUAUACAUAUACAUAGAUUGUCAAUUCAUGCAUCCUAUCCAGGGUGUAUUCGCACCUCAUGCCAAAUGUUCCAAGCACAGGCUCUAGAUUCUCUAUGACCAUGAUCAGAAAAAAGUAGUUACUGAAGAAAAAUUAAUAAACACACUUAACAAAAUAUAUUUAUUCAUCUUCAUUAAGGAUAUUAUUCAGGUCAGGGUCACGGUGGAUCAGGAACAUAUCCCAAAACCAUUCACCCCAGAUGGGACAUCAGUUCAUUGGAGGUCACACAUUCAAACACUCGUUCACACAAUCAUUCGCACUUGGGGAUAAUUUACAGUAGCAUAUUCAGGUUGCUUAUCUGCAUGCUCUUGGGAGGGAGGAGGAAAACAGGGAACCCAGGGUUGAACUGGGGACCGUGGAGCUGUAUUUGAUGUAUUUAAUUACACACACCUUUUAUUUCCUAAUUAUAAAGAUGUUUCAUACUCAGUGGUGGACUUUUAUUUAUUUUACAAAAAAGCACAUCUAACCCUUAGACGCAUUGAGGUCACGAUUGUUAAGAAAUUUCCACCAAGCAGCUUGAUUUGCAGUCACAAAUGAAAGGAGUCAUUUUGAGGAGGAAGCAUUUCUAUGUUGGCAAAGCUGAAGGCCAGGCUGGAUAAUAUGACCUUAACUGCCUCGAAUGGCCUUAGCUGGGUGGAUUGCUCCAGUUUGUGUAUACAAGAAAGAUUUAGUCAUUGCAAAGCACUUGACAUGACCCACUCAUAGCUAACUGCUAACUAUGUCAGCUCGCUGGAGAGCUGAUGGUGAUGACAACCAUCAUUAUUGAGUUAUAUAAAGGGGCAAUCCACCCAAAAUUAUUAUUAGUUUUUUACCUUUAGAUAAAGUUUUCUUUUAAGUGUACAGUUUUUAUGGUAAAUUAAAACACCAAGAACAUAAAAUUUGCCCAAAACAUGCCACAUGCUCUGUCAUGUGCUGUCAUGUAUUAAGCUACGUGGGGAGUCUGAGGUUCUGUAUGGCCCCACCAUACCAUAAGGGUCCAUUACCUUCUUGUUUAAAAACAGACAAGCAAGGUCUCCAUAAGUUGCAUAUACCAACCCUGGUCAGCUAUAGCUUUACCUCAGCAUUCACUAUAAUAUGCUUGAGCCAAAACAUUU